AUGAUUCCUGCACACAUCAAGGCGAGACAAGCCGUCUAUCCCAGAUCGAAGGUGGAGAGGUUCCCGGUACCAGACGAUAAGGUUUCAUGGGGUGUUGAAUGGCCGGAGUACAGCCCUGUCAGAUAUACAGCGGAUAAACUCAAAGCUGGCCCUGCCUGGGCAGAUCCUGAUAUCAUGCAAAAGAAUUGUCCCUCGUUGAAGUUUAACUGCGUGGAUGGGAAUGUGAAUUGCAUAAGCUACACAGGAGAUUAUGAUGUAGUGAAGCAAUUGUCACAGAAUCCUUGUAAAUCCGUCGGUCUUCUGGUUGCUUGCUCACAAGCAUUCGUGCUUUGGGGUCCAAACCAUGCAGCUGAUCCGAUAGUUACCAGAUGGAAGAGAGGUCAAUCCGGAGAGAAAUUACUGCACUCUUGCUCAGGCAAACCGAUACUUCAAUUCAUUUCAAUCAGGAGGGCAGAUUCAGGAGAGUAGGCCAUUCCAGGUGGAAUGGUAGAUGCCGGAGAGAAAGUGUCGCAAGCGUUAAAAAGAGAGUUUGGUGAAGAAGCCAUGAACUCAUUAGCACUAGAGGGUGAAGAACUGAGAGCUGUAGAGAAAGCAGUAGCUGAUCUCUUCGAACACGGUGUUGAGGUAUUCCGAGGCUACGUCGACGACCCGAGAAAAACAGACAAUGCUUGGAUGGAAACUAUGGCCGUUAAUUUCCAUGACGACGAUGGUAACAGCGUCGCUAAGUUCCCUCUUCACGCCGGUGACGAUGCCGCCGCCGUCCAUUGGCACGACGUGGGAUCCGACAUCAAACUCUAUGCCAGUCACUCCUCUUUCAUUCAAUUGGUUGCAGGGAGAUUGGGGGCUCACUGGCAUCUUUGCUACGGAAGCUUUUAG